AUGGCAAAAGUAGCUUUUUGUGGAGCAGGCCGGCAAUGGGUGGCGUGGGACGACGACGAAUUUUAUGGGUGCUCCCGCGAACUUCCACUGGUCGCACGAUCGACAGUGCAGGCUAUUACGGGUAACGGCUUUCCGAAAAGAAGUCUGAAAUACACACGGCCAAAAAUCAUGGUCUUUGGCAGCUCACAAGAAGUCAAUGACGGAGACGGAGAUACAGACAUGGAUGACGACAGCCGUUCGUCAAGUUCCGAAAGCGUUCCGACGCCGACCUAUUACAUAGAGUUGAACAGCGGACGGUCGCUUUGGAACGUGAGUUCCGAAUUCGAUAGGACGGUGGCUGAGUUCACGCGGGUCGAUAAUGUCGCUCUCGGACCCAACGGAAUGUACAUCAUUUCCGGCCAAAGAAAAGAUGGCCUGACUAGAUCUUGGAGUGCUGGUUUUCCACACAACAUCCAGCAGUCAAUGAGGGACAACAGUUCUGAGCUCGAGGUCAUUGCACUGGGCGCGGGGGGGAACUACUACAUCAAGUACAGCAAUACAAGAGCGUUCUGGGGCGGCCCGAUUGUGCAGGAGCUCACACCACUCGUCAAGGACCUUCCCCCGGAUGAGGACGUGGCGUUCCUCAGCUUUUCUUCAUUUGAUGAACACGCGUAUUUUAUCAGAUACGCAGAUGGGUCGACUGUAUGGCGCGGAGGGGGGUACAGCCUUGCCUGCGCCCUGGAUGAUGAGAUUACCUACGUUGACACGAUCGACGUCUUCUACAUUAACGACAGCAUCUCGGACACGUUCAGUUGCGGAAAAUCGAUCUAUUUUACAGCCGCACAGCUUCGGUCGGGUGAUCUUUCUGUGGAAGACAUCGAACCAAUGGAGGUCGUGAAGCACAGCGGUUACUACUACACACUUUCCCACCGACGUUUAUGGGCCUUCAAAAACGCAAACUUGAUGGGUGUUCCGGUGAAGAUAGUGUCGAUGCCACCAAACACUGCGAACCGGAUCCGGAACAACCCAGAGAGAAGCACCAUCACAAUUCGGUGACGGCGAUUCUUUUUCGUGAAGCGAGGAACUUUACGAUGUGGGGUAGGGUCAGAUGGAGACAUUAACAUUUCAUUCCAUGCAGAAACCUGCAAUGUAAGUACUACCAAUCUCUCUGAAUUGAAGAUCUGCUUUUUGGUUUGCGGCGUCUCGACUUGCUCUUGCUCACUAUCUUAUUCCAAAGUAUCAGCACAGAUAUGACAAAGGAUCGCUUUCUUUGAAUGCCACGAACCUCGCUGCGCC